UAUAGGUGUUCACCAACCACUGGCAACACUGUACUAACGUUUAUAAACACAGCAGCUAGUGGCGUCUGCCGAUGGUGUGAAUUAUAUUAUUUGAGGCUAUUUGGUGGUCUGGAAUGGAUAGUCAUGAAGAAGACGGUGAAAUAAGGGACGAAGGACGCCAUCACCCUCAAAUUUCCAUCGAGGAUAACGAAGUUGAGGAGGAUGAGUUCAGUAUGUCCUCAUAUGACGGCGACCAAGGCGACAGUCUCGACAUUAAACCUCCCCAAGCUGUGGUACAACGCCGGGAGAAACGUGAAAAGCGUGACAAACGAGAUCGUCAUCGCCACAAGGCUGAACGCCAUAAAGAGCGUCAUCGUAAUCGAGACCACAGGAAUCACGAUCACAGAAGACACAGGGAGCGGAGUGAAGUGGAGAGGCGGGAAAAUCGCGAAGUUCGGGAAGCUCGACGACACGGGAAGCGCCACGAAAGAGGUAACAAGCCCGAGAGACCGGUUAUUGACCUGCGCAGCAAGGUUAUUGAAAAGGGUCGGAAAAUGGCAGACAGAGACAGGGAGCGACGAAGAGGCCGCGAACGUGAAGAAUAUUACGUAGACGAACGGGAGCAGUACGAUAGUAUGGAGUACCACCGUGAGCAUCAAGGUCGAGGCGGUAUGGGCGGAGGAAUGGGGGAAAAUGAAUACGCUCCAUACCCUCACCAUAGACGAGAAGUCCAGUUGUCACCAAGAGAAAGAGCCGAGCGUGACAGAAGGAGAGACAGAUUCCUUGUUGCCGAUAAACAAAAGGAGUUGUCACAGCGGGAAGCUGAAAUGAGAAGGCAGAGACGGGAAGAAGAGAGACGAGAAGAAGAGAGACGGGAAGAACAACAGGUGGUGCGUCAUCGUGGGGAUGUUGUCUCACACAGACACUCUCGUCCUCACUCUCCUGGUGACCUGCCCGUUAUGAAGAAGAGAAAACAUCACGGUGACCAUUAUGCUACGGAAGAAGCUGAAGAAGUGACAAUUGUAAGUGAUGAGGAGGAAGAAGGAGAAUAUGAAGAAAAUCUGGAAACCCCAGUUCGAAAAGGCUCUAAAGAAAGAAGAUCAGAUGAAGAGGGAAAAAAGAAAAAAAAGAAAGAAGAAGUAAGGACAGUAAAUCAGGUGGAGUCUGGUGGAAGUGACUCCUCUGAUAGUGAGUCAGAUUCAGAGAGGGCGCGCUCACCAACGCCCCCUCAGAGGAAUCAGUACCACACUGAUAGUGACAGUAGCGAGACAGAUGUGGAGGAGGAAGAGAAGGAUGAAGAUGCUGUUAAAAAGGAGAAGGACUCAGGUGAUCAAAUGUCUUUAUCAGGCAGUGGGUCAGGGUCAGCACGAUCAGGCACUCUCUCUCCUAACGAAGCUGGUCACUACCAAGACUCACCCACAGUUGAGGAUUGUCGGUCAGACCGUGAGGAAGCCAACUACCUACCAGACUCAUCACCUGAGUCUCCACUUGAGCUGAAGGAUGACUUACCUGCCUACUACCCUGCCAUUAUGGGCUGUCGUUCUGUUGAUGAGUUCGAGUGUCUCAACAGGAUUGAAGAAGGAACAUAUGGUGUUGUGUACAGAGCUAGGGAGAAGGCAACCAACCAGAUUGUUGCCCUCAAGAGACUUAAAAUGGAGAAAGAGAAGGAAGGCUUCCCCAUCACAUCCCUGAGAGAAGUCAACACUUUGCUUAAGGGACAACACGAAAACAUAGUGACGGUACGAGAGAUUGUGGUCGGGAGCAACAUGGACAAAAUAUACAUAGUGAUGGACUACGUGGAGCACGACCUCAAGAGUCUGAUGGAGACAAUGAGGCAAAAGAAGCAGAUGUUCACCAUCGGGGAAGUGAAGACACUUAUGAGGCAACUCCUGCGAGCCGUUCAUCACCUUCACGACAACUGGAUCCUUCACAGAGAUCUCAAGACCUCCAAUCUAUUACUCUCUCACCGGGGAAUUUUAAAGGUGGGAGACUUUGGUCUGGCACGUGAAUAUGGUUCACCGCUCAAACAUUAUACACCCAUUGUGGUGACUCUGUGGUACCGAGCCCCAGAGCUUCUGUUAGGAGCCAAACAGUACUCCACACACAUUGACGUCUGGUCUGUGGGUUGUAUCUUUGGGGAGUUGCUUGGCAUGGAGCCCAUGUUCCCUGGAAAGUCUGAAAUUGAUCAGCUUAAUAAGAUUUUCAAAGAUCUGGGAACACCAAGUGAAAAAAUCUGGCCGGGAUAUAGCCAACUGCCCCUGGUGAAGAAGACACAGUUUGCAGAUUACCCGUAUAACCAUCUACGAGAGAGGUUUAAGACAAGGCUGUCCGACCAGGGAUUUAGUCUACUGAACAGGUUCCUCACUUACAAUCCCCCAAAACGCAUUACCUGUCAGGAGGCAGUUCAUCACGACUAUUUCCACAAAGAAGCCCCAGCUCCUGUUGACCCCGCUAUGUUUCCUACGUGGCCGGCCAAGUCGGAAAAUCCACACGGUCGCUCAAAGAAAGUCGGGCUAAGUCCUAAGCCUCCAUCUGGUGGCAAGAACUUUAAAGAUCUGGUUGAUGGCGAUGAAGAGCUGGCUGCCAGGGGGUUCUUCUUGGGCGGAGCCAGCUCAAGUGGACCUGGUUUUGUACUCAAGAUGUGAUCACAGUUGUGUUACACAAGGUUUAUGAGGAUAUCACAAAUUGUUCAGAUGAAGACUUAUAUUUCUUUAUGCAAUAAUUGGUUAUUUAAAUGGUUAUUUCAUCUUUUUUACCUCUACAGUGGUUAGUAGUCAGACCCCAUCCAUUCUAUGAUGGCUCAUUGUUUCCAUCUGUUUGUCAUUGUUAAUUUCACUUGACAUAUCACAUAAUCUCAUUUGAAGCCUCACAUGGUAUCUAGAUAAUGUUCAGGGCUCUGAAAUAUGUUAUGGAAAGCGGUAUCGUUGACAUUAUGAUGUUAUUGCUGCACUUCGACUACUGUGAUCUUUAAGCGAGUAAUAAAUUUAGUAAUUACAUCAGUCCAUCAACAGUUAAUGAUCAACUAUGGUCUUUAAGCGAAAAUUUUUUUUUGUAAUUAUGUCUGUCCAUCAACAGUUAAUGAGUUGAUAACAUCACUUGAACUUCCUAGCCAGAGAGAGGAGAGUGGCCUUUACCCCCUCCACACCCUGGUAAACACUGGCCACUGUGAGAGGUGUCUGGUUACCAGGUUAAGUUGUCACAUGUCAAAGAAUUCUACAGGUUAGAAAUUAACUCACUUGGCCGGAAAACUUAUCAUAGAUGUACUGUAUGUCAUUACCACUGAAGGGUUUAAAAAUAAACUGGUACAAAUAA